AUGGCGGGCCUCGGCUGCCUGGAACUGGGGCUGUUCUGCUGGGUGCUGCUCGCUGUUCCUGUGGGUCCCCAGCCAGCUUCCUCUGCCCCCGGUGCCCCUCUUACCACUCUGACCCCAGCACCUCAGAGUGAGGCCUCCAUGCUGUCUCUCAACCUGGGACUAAACUUCAAAUUCCAUCUUCGGGGACCUGCUGCUGUCUGGGGGAGCCCCGUCACAGAGACCCAUCCUCUCUCUCCUGGGCUAGGCCAGGAGUCUGAGGAGGAGGUAGAAGGUGAUCUGAGGACUGAUCCUCUUUGGGAACUACUGGUGGGUUCCCCUGGGAAUUACCUCUCAGAGUGGGGCUCUGCGGAGGGCAGCUCUACACCCCGGGCCUCCUCCCUGCCUCCCGAGUCCACACCCCCCGUCUCUGGGCCCACCAAGCAGCCCACCGCUCCCUCUCAGCCUAGGAUGGGCACUGUGACCUGGGCUACUGCUCUGACAGCUACAGCACCUACAACCAGUGCUCCCAGGCCUCAUCAGAGUGAGCUUGAGCUGAAGUUUGGUGUGGCUUUGAGAGCAGGUGCAGCCCCGACUCUCGGCCAUCGGUCCCUGCCGCUGCUGCCCAGCCUGCGGGCCAGCCUGGCGGAGAUUGCUGGGCGCCUGGGACCCUUUGGGUUCUUUGGCACUACCCUAUCUCCACUCCGGAACUUCUCAGGCCAGAGUUCAUCAGGCACCACAGCACAUCCAAGCUCUGCUUCUGAAGUGUCAGAUUCUCCCGGGCUCUUCGGUACCACUCGGUCCCUACCGCCACCUCUCCUGGAAAGAGAGUUCUCAAGCUCAGGCCUGUCGGACUUAGCAGCUUCCCCAAGCUCUGCCUCAAUCAAGACAACGCUAGCACAACAUGACCCCACUGUCUCCACUUCUGGUCCAUAUGAACCCUUUCCUGCCAGUUUCGGGAACCCUUCAGUACAGCCUGAAUGCGAUCCAGAUUCGUGUAGUGAGUCCCUGUUGCCCGACGACUUGGGGCAGCCUCCUGCCUCCCCGCUGCCUCUCUUCUUCUUGACCCUGGAGGCCGACUGGGCAGAGGCCAAGGCUCGCUGGGGCCUGGCCUGGGAAGCCCAUGUCUAUGGGGCAGGAGCGCUCUUUGGCCUGGUGGCCCUGCUGGCUCUGUUGGCUCUGGCCCUCUUGCCCUGGCGUUGCCCUCCCGGCGCCCCCUGCCUGGCGUUACUGGAUCUGCUGCUGCUCUUGGCGGGGACCACUCGGGCCUUCCCGCUCUUCUACGACGCCUACGGGCACCGCGACCGGCUGCCCACCCUCGCCUGGCUGCUGCUGCAGGACCUUCCGCAGCCCUGCCUAGCCGCAGGCUUGGGGCUGGCUUGCCUGCUGCUGGCCCGGCCGCGCACGCCGCGGUGCCCCGCCAGCUUGGCUGCGCUGCUGCUGCUGCUGGGGCUGGGGCUGGCGGCCGCGGCCACCCUGGGGAGUGCGGUGCACCGCCCGCUGCGGCCGCUGCGGCUCGCCUCCCGUGGGCUGCACGCCUUCCUCGCUGCCUUCCUGUCGGCGCUCCUUCUGGCGCUCUCUUGCUGGGGUGGCCGGCGGCGGCGAGCCGGAGCACCCUUGGGAGGGUCUGGCUUCAAGGGCUCUACGCCUGUCCCGCAAGUGCGCAGCCCCUUCGCCCCGCGGGAGUCCUGGAGGCGCGCGGCGCGCACAGCCCCGGUGGCCGGUACCUUUGGGCUGCUGAGCGGAGCCCUGCAGGGCUACGAGGUGCUUCACGCCCUGGGCUACGGCGCCCAAGCCGGCUUGGAGGGGCCCUGGCCCUGGUGGGCCUUCCAGCUAGGGCUGCGUCUGGGCGAGGUGGGUGUCGCGCUCCCCUUGGCGCUGCUGGGUCUCUACCCGGCGCUCUGCAGCCCUCGUGUGCCGAGGCGCUGCUGGGCCAAGCUCUUCCGAUUGUCGCCGGGACACGCUGCCCCGCUGCUGCCAGGAGGCUGGGUCCCUGGAACCCGGGACAAGGAGCCCCUGGGUAGCGCGAUCUCGCGUGGGGACGCGGAGCUGCUGCAGCUGUGCGCCCUAGCGGGCCCAGGUCCCGACCUCCUACUCCAGGGUGGCGGCUGCCGGGGCUUCGAAGGUGCCGGGGCCAACCCAACGCGGUCACCAGCUUCCUCCCCUAGCAGCGAUUGCACGGUGGACUUCCGCCCGCCUUCACCCAUCAACUUGCGGCGCAGCAUCGAGGAGGCCCUCUGUAGCGAGGCGCUGCUGGCUCCUGGCCUCUUUCAGGGCACUGCAUUUGGGGAAGCCCUUCCUGGGCUCGGCCUCUACCGCACCAUCUCACUGGGGAACAAGACAGGGGCAGGAUCCAGUGAGAGGUCGGAGAAGGUCCCUGGAUCUCCAGCGCCUGCUGAGCUCCCUUCUCCUGGGGCCUGGCCCGCAGGCAGCAGCGCCUCAUCUGGCUCUCUGUGCGGACUCUCACGCGACAGCUCGUCCAUGCUUCUGUGUUCCAGCCCCGACAGGCCCCCGCGCUGUCCGCUUGUCUGCGUCCUCAGUCCCCCGCGGUCCUCAGGGAGCAGCCCCAACCUCCCAGCCUCAGGAUCCUACCAGGCCCUAUCCCCACCCUCCCGCGACUCCCCUGAACAUUCUUCUGAGCUGCAGGCUGAGGAGGCAUUGCUGCAAGAGCAAUUCCUGGAUGCCUGCCGACAGAUUGACGAGCUGAGCGUGGGCAGCGACACCAUAGACCUGUGA